GCAUCAGAAGCAGCGCCCGUGGUACAAGCUGGAGGCUGACAUGCAUAAGAAGUGGGUUUGCAUUGCAUCCUGUCCUUGCACAAUCCAGGUUGACACCGCCCAGGGCCUUGAUGAGAUCUUGGCCGUGCUUCGGAGUCGGAAUCAGGAUCAACUUGCGAAGAACCUACAGGAAGGCGGCAGCGGUCCGUCUGCCGCAGGCUCUGGGGUUUCAGCGGGCUUCGCUGCUGGCGCUGCCGUGGGCGCUGCGGCGCCAGAAGAGGAAGCCAUGGAGCAGCCUCUGAACUUGCAGAAGGACGCGAGGGAGGCACAGAAGCAGAAGGAAAGGGAACUCGAGGAGGCAAAACACCGCGAAAGAGAGGCCGAGAAGGAAAGGGAACGCGAAAGAGAAAGAGAGAGGGAGAAGGAAAAGGCCAUGGAGAAGCAAAGGGAGCAAGAGGAGAGGGAGAAGGAAAAGGAGAAGGAGCGGCAGAAGGAGAAGGUUGCGCCGACGCAGUCAAAGGCGGCUCCACCAGUCAAGGACACGAAGUCCAUGUCCAAGAUCCGCCGGUCCUUGGAAAAGGAAAACAUCGAUUUCGAGGACCUCUGA